CCUUGUCGACGUAGCAUAUGCUCUUACAACUGGUCAGCAUGGAGUGGUUGUUCAUGUCCUUGCGGUUCUGGUUGUACCAGGACACGAACUGGACGAACUAGUCCUUCUAGCCGUUGUUGUCCCCAUGACUCAACUAUUCAAACAGUAUCAUGCAACACUGACCCUUCUUUAUGUCUGAAUGGUGGCUCGCAAAAUCCUCGCGGGUGUUCCUGCAGUUCAGGAUGGACAGGGACCUGCUGUGGGAUCGGUAAGUGACAGUUUUUUUUGCCCGUUUAUUCUAUCUCGUUCAAUUCGGCAAAUAAUGGCCAAUUUUUCCAGAGCUGAAUUCUAAAGAAGUAUAUCGAAGUUCAGAAAAAGAAAAUUGUUGUCUUGUGUUCACGUCCUCGACAAAACGUGAAAAUAGGAAGUUUCACGUUGUAGUCGUGCAACGACGGCAAAGAAAUGUACAAAAAAGCGUGAUGCACGUACAAAGUUGUUGUUUUGCCAAUCUAAACCCAUGGCUUUUUUGUUAUUAACGACGACUUUUGUCUUAACCAAGAAUAAACCAUCUAAAUAGAUGAAAAGGUAACAGUUCUUGGGAAGAAAUGGCCCAUCGUGAGACGAAACCAAACCAAAUGAUGUUUGAGGGUUUAAAGAAAACAUUCAUAAAAAUUUCCUUUUUUCGCGAGUCCUGCUGAGUGAAUUUAUGUUCUCUCGGUGAUUUUUUACUCGAACGAGAAUUAAUUCUUGCCUCAUAGGCUUCUUGAUGCCAUCAAACUUUCAGGAUCCUAUUUUAGUGAUAGAAUCCAGGGGGGGCGGUACUCCCUAUAAUGGCCUAUAUGGGGAGGCUCCGCCCGAAAAGGGUACCUUUUCCAGGCUUCAGUUAUAUGAAAGGGUAGGGAUUUCACUUGUUGACUGAAGUAUAUGAAUCAAUUAUAACAUUGAUAGACUGUUCACAGCCCCCUUUUUUUCGUAAGAUCAUCGAGAUCGAGCGCUCAUGAUCACCUUCAGUGGCAGCCAUUUUGUAAUAGACCUCUUCAGCUUGUAUGUUUUGUUUUCCCAAUAGAGGUUCCAGGGGAACUCAACAUUUGUCUUCUCAUAAAUUAUGCGUACAUAUGUACGUGAAUAAGACGAAAUGUGAAAGAAACAGUUCCCUAGAGUAUUAUCGCGUGACCUGUAUUGGAAAAACAAAACAUACAAGAUAAAGAGGUCUGUUGGAUUCAAAUGUACCGAGAGGGCGGGUGUUGAUUCUAAUCAUAGACUGUAAGCUCUUAACAAAACAAAACUAUCCCGACAAAUCUCGACAAGUCAAGAGUCAAGUUCCAUAGAAGAGACCGAGUCAGUGAGUUAAUGUAACGCAACUUUCGAUGUCACUAACAUUUCUUCCCCUCCCGAAUUACAGGGAAGCUGAAAUUCGAAUACAUUUUAAAUGAAAUACAUCCUUAGCUCUAGAUCAUAGUUCUCCGAAGUGUUCUUGUUACACAUUAAUCUGAUUACAGUUCAGAAUCUGAUAAGAGUUGCCCGAAUCUCCAGCUGAGAGAUUCUAGUUAUUGGUCGCUUAAGGGUCUUGCCAUUAACCCAUACGUCCACCACUCGCAUAAGGCCGUCAGGGCAGUGGUACGUCUGCUCAAUGCGCCCAACAUUCCAUUGUCGCCUCACUGUACCGGGAUCAAUAACAACGACAACAUCUCCAACCCGCAAAUUGUCGUUACGGAAGUACCAUUUUCUUCUUGAUCGCAUAAGGCCGUCAGGGCAGUGGUACGUCUGCUCAAUGCGCCCAACAUUCCGUUGUUGCCUCACUGUACCGGGAUCAAUAACAACGACAACAUCUCCAACCCGCAAAUUGUCGUUACGGAAGUACCAUUUCUUCUUGAUCCAAUCUGCGGUAAGUAGUCUUUCAUCCAUCGGUUCCACAAAUGUCUUGUGAGCUCUUUUAGUCUUCUCCAACGCUUUCUGGGAUUAAAUGGCUCGGUGUCGACGUUCUCCGGUACAAAAUCACCACCUGUCUGCCCAAUCAGAAAGUGAUUUGGAGUCAAGACGCGGUCGUCGUUAGGGUCGUCACUCACAGCUGUUAAAGGUCUCGAAUUCAGCAGACUUUCUACCCCAAUGAAGAUUGCCUCCAACUCCUCAUCAUUAACUUCUGCACCACCGAGUACAGCAAAAGUAGCUCGCUUUGCUGACUUGAUCAUAGAUUCAAAUACUCCACCAAAAUUUGGCGCUGCAGGCUCCUUUAUUGGAGGUCAUCCGUUGUAUUUUGUCUUGGUCUAUAGCGGAGACUAGGUCUCGCAGUUACCUCGAGGCGCUUACAAAGUUCGUUCCAUUGUCACUUAACAUUUGCUGCGGCCAUCCUCUCCGCGCAGUUAUUCUGACAAAAGCGUUAAGAAAUGCAUCAGUGUCCAAAGACCACGCCAUCUUUAAGUGGCAACAAUGGGUCUUCAAAAAGAGAAACAAACACAAAUAGCGCUUAGCUCGCACUCUUCCAUGUCCUUGCUAAGUUACGAAAGGUCCUCCAAAGUCUACUGCACAGCUCGCGAAAGGUCUGAAGGAUUGCUGCAGUCUAAUCUUCUGUAACGGUGCCGUUUGCUGGUGAGCUGGCUUUGAUCGAAAUCGUCUCGCGCACUCAAAACAUUCUCUCGUGACUCUUUUCACUUGUUCACGAACAUGGACCACUAAGUAUUUCUCCCGUACAUGAUUAAUCGUAUAGUUAAGCCCCAUCUGAUGACCCUCUAAUUCAUGGUAGUACUUAACGAUCAGUCCUGUGACGUGAUUCCUCUUAGGCAGUAUGAUUGGACACUUUACAUCAUAUGGGAGAUCGUCCGCAUGCCGUAGUCUGGUGUGGGACCUCAAAAUGCCAUUAACUAAUACUGGAUUGAACAGUGACAAUGCACUUCCUCUUAGGAUUUCCUUACUCUUUCUCAAUGCCUCUAUCUCUGCUGGGUACACUUUAGACUGAACCUCCCGAAUGAUAAAUUCCUCAGCGUUUUGAAGCUCCAAUGGCUUCAGUUCACCCUUCUCUCUUUGCUUAGCUGAUUUCCGACAAUUGUCGGUAAAUCGGCGCACCCACGCUGUCACACGAACUAAAGACAACCCAGUUUCCAGUUCUCCUUUUGUUUUGGCUCAAUACCAUUUCGAGUAUCUUGAGGGGUCCAAUCGCCACACCUCUUCGACAAUAGCCGUUUCUUCACCUUCUUCAAUUAUUAGGUAACUGGUAGCUUCCUUUGUUCCUGUUUGUUUUGCUCCUUUAAGUUCAAGGCCCUCCGUUGACGUCAAACUUGCACUCUGGCCAGUCUUGUCUUGAGUUCUUCAAAAAUUGGAGCCCAUUCCACCAUACGUCUGUGCUUGCUAUCUCUUCUACUGUCAGGCCUCUUGUUCCGAGGUCGGCAGGGUUUACGUCCGUAGGAACAUAGCACCACUGAUUAGGAGCAGAAAACUCAUGAAUUUCUCCAACACCAUGGGCUAUGAACGGCUUAUACUCUUUACUCUGACUUUGGAUCCAGUACCCCACAUUCAUAUUGUCCACCCAAUAGGUCACUCCAUUUGUAGUUAUCUUGAGUGUAGAGCAAACUUGUCUUGUUAAUCGUAAUUCGACUAAUGCACCCAAAAGCUCUAAUCUGGGGAUGCUCAUGCGAUCACUGCUUUCAAUGAUGCCAGCCGAGACUUCGACAUAAUCAAUCGAGCAGUAAUGUUGCCACCCUGAUACACAUGACGUGCGUAAACUACAGCUGUGUAUGCGAUCUCUAAGGCAUCACUGAAUGUAUGAAUGCUCAGUUCUUCCACCUUAGCACUUGGGUCUUUCAAACACCUUGGGAUUUUUACACAUUCAAGGUCUUUCAAUUCUCGAAACCACUUUGUCCAUUGUCGCUGAUGAUGUGUCGGCAACAGUUUAUCCCAAUCCCGUGCCUCCAGCCAAGCCUUUUGUAUCAACAACUUGGACCUGAUUACAUAAGGUGAUAAGAAGCCUAAUGGGGCGUAAACGGAUGCUAUUCGCCUCAAAACAUUCCUCAUGGUGAAUUCAAAUCCAUCUAACUGUAAUGAGUGUCUAAAGGAAAAUUUGUCGUCUGUGGCGGCCCACAGGACACCCAGAGUCUUGGUUGUUUGCAGUUCUCUCUUUUCUAAGUCUAACACAGAUGUUAUUAGAUGUUUUCGCUACAAUAACUGUGUCCUCCGACCACCCAGACUCUCCAAACCAAUUUCCAUGGUUGCUGACAUUAAAUUGACCUUCUGACCAUUAGCAACAUUGAUAAUUACUUUUUCCUUCCUACCACCAAACCCCAAUUCCUCUAUUACAUCCUCGUUAACAUACGACUUAUCAAUGCCUUCGUCCAAGAAACAAUUAACUUGCAAGCGUCUCUCCCCAUGUUUCAGAACGACCUGAACAGUACGCAAGGCAACACUCGUCUGUGCAUGUUUUUGUACUGUUUCAUAUGUACUGGACUUGUUUUCCUCUGUCACGGGUGUGUCAGCCUUCCCCUCCAUGGACCAGGAGCUACUUUCUUCUCAUGAAGUAACCGAUGGUGUCUGUUCUUGCAUCCGUCAAUUCCACACUCUCUGCUCCGAGUACAUGAGUCACCAAGGUGCCCUUUCCCCAAAUAACGGUAACACAGUCCAAGUUUCUUUGCCGUCUCCCAUUUCUUUCUAUGUUCCAUUCCCUUGAACACAUCACAUUUCCAAAUUGGGUGUUUUUUACAGGGACGAUUACGUUUCUCUUCUGCGGUCCCGAAAUAAGAUUUGGUUGAGCUCUUUCCUCGUGUAUUUCCAAUACUAGACAAACCAUGAUUAAUUUCUGAUGCUUGUACCUGGUACUCAGCUUUCUCAGCAUCCCAGUGACGCAGCUCUUUAAGAGACUCCAUGCUUCCCUUUUCUUUAAUCCAUCGGUAGUACUGGCUAAGUAGAGCUUGAGGAACUUUUUCUAACACAAUUGCAUAUAAUGUUCCUCCUUCCAGGUCAGCAAACUUCUUAUUUUCCUUUAAAGAAACCACAGUCCUCUCCACUAUGUCGGCGAAUCUUUCUAGCUCUCUUGGAUUAUCAGCGUUUAUUGGCCUCACCCUAGGUAGCUCAUCGAUAUGGACUUGAAUCUGUCGCCUGUUUUCCCCGUAUUUUUGAUUCAACCUUGCCUUGGCAGCUUCGUACGCAUGAUCCGAGUAACCAAGCCCUUUCACCGUUUCGGCCGCUUCUCCUUCUCCUUAUAAACAGCUUUCGAGCCGCAACAUUUUAAACUGAGCUGACAAAUUUGUUUCAUCCUCACAACUGGAAAACGCUGCCCACCACGACUGAUAUUCGUUCUUGUCCCCCGAAAACUUUGGGAUUCGAAUCCGCUCGAGCUGUUUGUUUGCAUCGACCAUGUGACCAUCUUUGCCAAUUAUUGUGCGCUCGUAAAUGUGCCGAUCUGGCUUGUGUUAUUUCCUUCACUUUCCUUGCUGUUACUUUGCGAUAAGAAAAGCCGAGCUUCCUUUGUCUCGUUAUCCACACGAUCUAUUAUUUUAUCCGCUUCAUCACCUGUUGAAGCUGCCAGCAGUGCAUGCUUAUUUUCUCCGUACAAGGUUUGAAGCGAGUCCAACAGCUCCAACAAUUCAUCCCGUCGCUUGUCGAUGCCCCGUAGUUUUGCCGUGACAUUUUCCUUGUUUGGCGUUUCCGUCGAUAAUUCCGCCGGUAAUUCGUUCACAAGCUUCGUAAUACUUGUCUUGAGGGUUCUUUUUCCCUUCUUUAACCAUUCUAUUUUUCCAUCCACAAUUCCUUCAGCUUCAGUGCGCGAUGGACUUCCCGCCAAAUGUUUCCAAGUUCGAACAAGUCCCUUGCAAAUUCCACAAUACUGGCUCCAAUUAGUCCAAUUAUUACACCAAUGCGAAUAUCCGGUUUUCAAAGGACCAAAAUGUUUAUUCUUUUCAAAGACUGUAAGCUCUUAACAAAACAAAACUAUCUCGACAAAUCUUGACAAGUCUCGAGUCAAGUAACGUCACAUGAUAUAAACACGUGAUAAUUGUCAGGACGUACAUAAUGUAACGCAACUCGAAAUGUCACUAACAGCGGGCCUCGGGGCGAAACCGUUUCACGCCCUUUAAGUAGCUCAAGCUAGACCCGGUCAAGAUAGCCGCCUGUAGCGCUCGUUCUCGACGAUCUGCGGGAAGAUAGGGGACUUUGAACAGUGUAUAACACCAUAACAUUUAAUCGAGAGCUCUGGUUCCGAACGGGAAGUCCACUAAGCGGAUUUCCGGCUCGUUAGUACGUAGGGGGGUAACGAGAGGUACAUAUAUAAACAUAGUGGCACAACGUUGGGUGGAGGAGAUAAUGUAAAUGUGUUGCCACUCGGUGAAAAAUAGAUGAUAUUGAGCGAAUGGCUGGGUGGCACCCGACAAGUAGAGGAAUACGUGUGGGUGAGUUCCUUGUGUGAGUUUUUGUGAAAGUAUGAACACGUUGUGUCUCCUGUUUGAGGAGACCGAGAUUGUAUCCACGUCUGUUAAGGUAUUGUGCUUGUGUUAAUUCGUUACAACGCAGUUUGAAAGUCUCGUUGGAGGAACAUACACUUUGUAUUCUCAGGGAAAGGCUGAAUGGGAAAGCUCGUUUAGUGUGUAAGGAGUGACACGAUGAGCGUAAAAGGUUCUGAUGUUCGGCUGUAGGUUUAGUAUAAAGAACAAUUUCAAUGAUCGAUACUAUCAUUGAGCGACAUUUUGGCGUAGAAAAAGGAAAAAGAUUUGAAUGAGAAGUUUAGUAUAAAUUUAACAGUGGCAUGAAAGGUAUUGAGGUAAGAGACGGAAUAAUACGUUUAUAGUGAGAAUGAAUUUGAGGAGGUCGCAAAGAUUCCAAAGAUUCUGUGUAUAUGGUGGAAGCAGAGCGGUCAUUAGAAGUGACGACAGGCGCCAAUAAUACCUUCAUUGUUCUCCCAUCUGUGUUUAAAUCUAUACCCCUCGUUUCCUUCCGACGACUACUAACAAGCCGGAAGUCAGCCAUUCGAGGACUUUCUGUUUCUGAACCAUAGCUCUCGAUUAGUGUUUCUAAAAAAAUGGACAACAGUUUUCAAUGGUCUGUACUGUUAUCGAGAAUAGCUCUUGACCAACAAGCAGCAUGUGACUCUUCUCGUUCUGUUAGAGUUGAGCGCUGCCUUCGAUACUGUUGACCCUAAUAUCCUGCUAACACGUUCAAGAUCAAAGCUGGGUCUGAAUGGAACUGCUGUUUUGAGGGUAUGCUCUUAUCUAUCCGGAAGAACACAACGAAUAUCUGUUCAGGGAGCGCUUUCAAAAUUAUUUCAUCUUCGUUAUGGCGUUCCUCAGAGAUCAUUCCUAGGUCCCUUUUUGUUCAGCAUAUAUUCAAGCAAAAUCUUUGACAUUGUCGGUCGCCACCUUCCAAAAGUUCAUUGUUAUGCAGAUGACUCCAGCUUUAUUCAUCGUUUAACCCAAGCUGUGCUUUUAGUUAAGAUGAGGCAAUUAGAUCAAUGGAAACCUGUGUCUCGCACGUUAAGCAGUGGAUGACCUCGGACAAACUUAUGCUUAAUGACGACAAAACCGAAUUUAUUGUAAUAGCAUCGACACGACAUCCACUGAAAAAGGCUGCUGUUAACACUAUCUGGGUAGGGGAUUGCGAUGUAAGCAAAAUAUCUGUUGUGCGGAUUUUGGGUGCGUGGUUCGAUGAUCAACUUACUAUGGCCGUACACAUUACCAAAAUUUGCAGUGCUGCUUUCUAUCACUUGCACAACAUUAGACGCAUAAGGAAAUACCCUUCAGUGGAUGCAGCUGCGACUCUUAUUCACUCUUAUGUUAGUAGCCGAAUAGACUAUUGUAAUAGUCUAUUAUAUGGUGUGCCUAAGUGCCAUUUUGACAAGUUGCAGAGAGUUCAAAAUGCAGCCGACAGGCUUUUCGUUAUGCAGGGCAAAUUAUGCUACGUAGGUUCCGCCGGUUCCACAGGUUCCGCGGUUCCACGGUCUGCAGUUCCAUAGAUUAGUCUUACCCGAAAUACGUGAAUCGCAGAACCUCGCACUGGCAGAGGCUAGCGGACAGAAUUAGAAGGACAAGGAAAGAAGCCAAUAGGAAAAAGAAAAUAUAUGAAAAAAAUACAAACCAACAAACAAAACAAAACACCAAUAACAACAACAACAACAACAACAACAAGGAAGAAAAAAGAAGAAAAAAAACGAGCUCAUAUAAGAAUCGAAUUUUGGGAAAAUUCUUUGCCACUAGGCUACGUGAGAAAAUAUAUGCAGUUUUUUUUAAAAAAUAUUUCUUUUAAUGCCUUUUUCAUGGAACUUCCGCCUGCAAGCUCUGUUUGAAGCUGGUAGAGCCGUAUUAAACACGAAUUCAAAGAUGUAUUUCAGGAAAAUAACGGGGCUUUUGACGGUAAAAAAGCGAACCUAAACGCAUUUCCUUGCAUUCAAAGCACAUAUGCCCAACAAAGCCCAUACAACUCGUCUGCCAAGGACGCAAAACAUGUUUUCUUACAUCUAUUUUAGGGUAGCACUAGAAACAUUUCUCACUAAUUUGCAGUUACUAAACUUUACUAAUGGUUGAAAAUCCAAUUUAGAUUUGAGUCUCUUGCCAGUCACAAUCAUUACACUAGUCUUGUCCUCAUUUAUUGGAAGUUUAUUAGUCCCAGCCCAGCGUUGGAUUUCCGCUACAGAAUUAUUGAGGUCACUUUCCAGUUUAUGCAUGGAUUUAUAGUCAGCAGAGCAGGUGAUGGGCAUACAUCAGCAUGAAGAUCUGUCUGCGCAUGUAAUAUUUAGUGGCAAAUCAUUGAGAAAUAAAAUGAAGAAAAGAGGACUUAAAAUAGAUCCUUGUGGCACUCCAUGCUUUACCAGGCCAAAGACGGUUUUAAACUUCAAAACUUAAAAAAAUUCAACUUUAUUUAAUAAAAAUGUUGAUUACAAUAGGCUGGCCAGAAAUUGCUAAUCCAGACGGCCCAGUUAACAGAAAGAUAAGAUGAAAGGAGAGGAAAGGAAGGAAAAUAUUUUAAGUUACAAUAAUUCAUAUUUCUAUCAUAGUUUUAUUUUAAUUACAUUAAAUCUAAGGAAAAACGAAAAAAAUUGACGGAGAGCGAAAAAUAAAUACUUUUGUACAGAAUCACUUAACUGUUAACCAAACUUUUUAAAUUAUUAUAAAUGACGCCUCAAUAUAGUCUUUUUCUCUUUUUAAGAUAUCGGAAAGCAAUCUGUGAAGCACUUUCGUAAAUCUCUUUUAGUAAGAUCUCUGAUAUGACAAGGUAUCUCAUUCCAAAGUUUUACGCCACAACGAGAGAACGAGUUUUUGUCUAUUUUCAGCUUUAAGCUUUUAACGUGAAAGUUACCUGAAGUAGAUGAUCGUGUAUGGUAUAAAUGAAUUGUUGAGGUUUUUUCAAAUAAAUUUAAGAGAUUUGUUGGCGAUUUGUUGCUGUUAAUAUCUUGCAUGAGACUAGCCACAGUUCUAUAAUACAUAAAUGACACUGGUUGAAUAUAUCAGCGUCGAUAAACAGAGGAAUUGCGUGUUCACGUAUAUCCGUAAAAUAUAUCAUGCGAAGCACUUUCUUUUGGAGAAUUUGAAUUUUAUUGAGGGAAGUCUUGGAUGCCUGACCCCAGGCAGCAAGACCAUAGUUUAGGUGAGGGUGGAUUAAUGUUUGGUAAAUAUAUAAUAGUAUAUGACGAGGUAUGGAGUGCCGAAGUUUUGAAAUCAGUCCAAUAGUUUUACUGAUUUUUGCCGUAAUAGCGUCAAUGUGAUAUUUCCAAGUAGCGUUUUUAUCAACCAACACACUAAGAUAUUUAUAUAAUUUUUGGACUCUAGAGUAACAUUUCCAUUUUUCUAGUUAUCGAACAUGUAGAGGCUCUGUUGGCAAGUGACUCCUUUUUAAUAAGGAUGAAAGAUUACAAAGUUAGUUUUUGUAGCAUUGAGAGUUAACUUAUUGGAUGUUAACCAUUCGUGGAGGUUUCGUAAUUCAAUAUUUACUAUAUAUUCUAGAGUUUUUAAGAGAUAUUAGUAUCAUCUGAGAAGAGAUAAAACUUUAGUUUAUUCGAGCAUUGAUGUAUGUCAUUAACAUACAAUAAAAAGCAACGGCCUAAGGACAGAUCUUUGGGGAAGACCACAACUUGCCAUCAAUGCAGACUAGCUGACGUCUACCGGAGAGAUAUGACUAACAGCAAUUAUAUGCUCUGUCAGUAACGCCAUAGGCCUCUAAUUUCAGCAAUGAUAAAUUGUGGUCGAUCAUGUACUACUCCAGGCCACUCGCUCCGUUCUUGUCCAAAUUUAAAAAGAGCUCAUCAACUAUCUUAAUCAGAACAGUCUCAGUACCAUAAGAAACUGAUCGUAAUAAAAGUUAACUUAUUCAUAUUAACGAAUAAAUAUCGAUAUCUUAAUAGUUUCACAAUACAGAAGCGUUCUUAAGCUAAAGCCUGGAGAAAACAUUGCAUCACUUACAACAUAAAAACGAAAAUUACCUUUUAUGAAACAAAUUAAAGGCAUUGUCUGUGAAGUUCUUUUAACUCCAACAAUGGGUAGAAUGUGAGAUUAAAGUUGUUGUUGGUCAGUAUCACUCCGACGGCGUUGCUAGGUUAACUCUUUGCCUCUUCCAUUUCAUGGCGUAGUUUUGCUAGUUCUUCUGUUCCUACGAUUCUGUGACGGCCAUUGGCAUCGACAUAUUUGAGUAUUGCAGGAUAUGCGAUGUAGACUUUCCGGUCGUCUCCGAGUUUCUUCUUUAGAAACUUUCUGUAGGGCACGAGCUCUUGCCUCCGCCGCUGGGUUUUUUUGGCGAAAUCCUCACUUAUACCGAUGGCAUUUCCGUUUAACGGGUUAUCCUUUAGACGAGCGGCGGCAUUCCUUAGUACCUUCAUCUUAUCCGUGUAUCGAAGAAAAGCGACGUGCAUUGGUCUGGGAUUACGUUAAAUGUUAGGGGUUUAAAUAGUUCAAGAAAACGAAGAGCUAUUUUUCGGCAACUGCACGUUAACAAGUACUCAGUAAUUUUCUUGCAAGAGACAUAUAGCUCUACUGACCAAGAAAAAUUAUGGAGUAACGAGUGGGGUAGUAAGGUGUACUUCUGUCAUGGAAGUAAUUCAAAAGUUUUGGUUUGAAGUAAUUAGCUGGUGGAAAACUCACAGUGGUGAAUGUUUGCUAUUUGAUGACUUAAGUAUAGUGUAUGGCUAUAAUCCCGAAGAUCCUAAAAGGCAAAUCCUUAACUAUUAUAUCCUUCUUGGCAAGAGACAUAUCUUCCUGCAAAGGAGCGAAAUUAAACCCCCAAGCUUUGAUCACUUUCUUGAAUUCGUUAAAGACAAGUUAAUUGUGCAAAGAUCGAUUUUUUAUUCCAAAGGACAAAAAGCAAAAUUUCUUUCACAAUGGAAGCCUCUCCUCUCCUUAUUGUAAAUGAUUAUAAUCUAAUCUACGUAUGCGUGAAGCAAGCCUGGUUGCAGUGUAUGUUGUAUUAAUCGUUGGAAUCUUAAUUCUUAAUUGUAAUUUUUUGUAACCUUAAAUUUUGUAGUGAAAGUGUUGUAAGUGAUGUAGUGGUAAUAAAGAUCUCUGUUAAUAAAAAAUAAAAAAAUAAAAAAAAAUAAGAAACUGAUCGUGAAAAACUAUCUUAAUCAGAAGAGUAUCAGUACCAUAAGAAACUGAUCGUGAAAAACUAAUCGUGACUGAUUGUGAUUGAGAAACUGCGGAAACUGAUUGUGUUAAAAACGUUAACAGCCUGUUCCCUUAUAUCAAUGUUUCGUAUCCGUUCAUACGACGGAAGCAGAGUUAAUCUGAGAAUUUCUUUGGAUGCAAUGGUUUUAAGUUUAUUGCCGGUUUUAUAAAGAGAUCCGUUUUUAGGCUUCGCUAACUAUAUGUUUAUUAUAGCAUGUUAUUUCUUUUCUCAGAUGUGGAUGAGUGUAAGACGCCCGGCCGAUGCCCGUAUAUUUGUACUAAUACUCCUGGCAGCUAUAUCUGCAGCUGCCCUUCCUGCUAUGACCCGGAUGGAGCAAACUGUAUACUGAACCAGUGCAAAAUAAACGACAUCUGUUACCAGUACAACAGAGUUAACCCAGAUAAUCAGUGCCAGGUACUAACUUUACAGUGUUCUGGGAGUCUGACGAAAUUCAAAUGCAAAUUGAUUUUUCUUCGUCUUUGAGAAUAGAAAUUUCUUUUGAAACAUUUUGAUGACAUCAUCCAUUAUGACGUCAUAAUUUGGCGUUCUACGUUAGGCACGGGGAAAAACUGAAAAAUCGACUGUCUGGUAAGUUUAAUAAAGAAAUGGAUCAAGAGACGAGAAAAAUGGGAAAAACUAGCUUAAAUAUUCCUUUUGAGGGUUGGUUGGGCCCAAGGAUGAUACCCAAACAAUUGAAUAAAACUGUAAAUGUUGAGCGAUAUAAUUCAGUAAAUAUUAUGUGCAGGUAAAUGUAAGUUACAACAGUGAGACUACUCUGCGCAUAACGGACAGUUUGUUUUUGUUUGUUGUUGUUGUUGUUGUUUUUUUCAAUACCAGAACUUUUCGAAAACACACUUGAAAGCCCAACAAUUGGCCUUAAAAUUCUUCUACCAAGUGACAGCGACAACUCGUAAAACAACAACAUCUUCGUACGUACGAUUGGCAUCUGUGAAUUACAAACAAAGAAACCACAAGACAUCCUUCACACACAACAACAGGGAAAGCGAAAGAGAACCGUUUAAAAACACAUAUGGAUCCAACCCUCUUACAUAUAAUAUUAUUAACCGGAAAUAUGUAACACAUGCUUGUUUUUUUUCCUGACAAAAAAAACAGAGGUGUAGCAAUUAAAAGCAAUGAUUCACUACUGAAAUCUAAAAGCACUUGGCGGUCGUAAAUGUACGUGUCUACAUAUCUGACUGGAUUUGCAAGAACAUGGCUACAGAAAUCUCUCUCAUAUACCUUCUGACUGAGUCUUGUAGUGGAGCAUGUUUUUUUUUUUUCAUAGUUACUUUUUAUUCAUUAAUUAAUUUAAUUUAAUUGCAUAGGCUGCAGUAGGUAGACUUUGAUGAGUUUCUCACUGGCUAUUAACAACCCCCCCCCCCCCCCCUUCCCUCAAAAAAAAAAAAAAGUUUUUCAUAACUUCCCAUAAUUUUCUCAGUAUGUCAAUUUGAAAUCAUCGCGCCUAUUAGACUGAACUCGGCUCUCAUAGUGGGUUGUCUUACAGUUUUUUGGCUGCCUUGAGCAAAAUUUUCCGGAAAGCAUCACUAAGCCUGGCAAAGUCUGCUGGCAAAGUCUGCUGCGUCCAAUAUCUUCUCGUAUUUCGUCUCAUUUUGGCUACACGAGAGAAACACCGAUCCCGGGCUUGACACAGAAAGACUGGAUAUUGCGAGCUUUGUUGUUGGCAGUAAAAAGUCUUUGGCCUCACAAAGUAGGUUCUAGGGGUGAAUUCUAUUCGUCGAGAUGGAAGUUGAUGCCGAUCUCUGACCAGGUCAAAGACUUAGUUAAAAAUUGUUUUGAAGGCGGAGGCUCGAUGUCUUCUUUUCAGCCGCUGCAGUUACAUCCGGGAUCUUGAAUAAAUCGACGGUGUGAGUCGACAAGAGUUCCAUGUGACAAUUUAUGUAGAGGAAGCGAAAGUUUUACGGACUAAUUUGACGAUUGUUCGCCCGCGUUGAGUGUGGACGUAUUAUGAGUGGGUUUUCGGAAGUGUUGUGAUUGCCUCCAAAGUCAUUUAUUAUGUGAUUUACCGAGAGUGUUGACAGACAAACCUCAAGUAUGUGGUUGAGCUCGUGUUACCGGAAAACUUUGUGCCAAGCAUAAAAAUGCUUCGUUAGUGUUUAGUGUAGCUGAUUUUGUCUUAAAAAAAACCCUAGUCUGUACUCAAAGAUUGUGGAUUUUAAAUCAAGUAUUUUCGGCAAAGACUUAGCUAUGGGCCUCGUGAUUUGACUGACUAAAAGGUUAUACUUUCCCGACGUUUCAAACUCGUAUAUUUCAUUGCAAAUCCUAUUACUUCUGCGAGAAAAAAAUUACCGUCUGUUGCAAGCAAUAUAUUUCUGCAAGGUUAUUUUGAUUUCCUGCUGUAGUUUUUUCCCUCUCUUUUUUACUUAGAAAUAAUUAAGCUGUGAUUGUUGAGCCUUAGCUAGUGACUUUUCACUGUUUUCCAUUCGACUUAGAUGUCAAAUUGAAAAUGCACUUGCAAUUUCUUUAGCCACGUCUUAGCAAAUUCAGUCAGAUAUACAUAAAUGUGUUUUUUUAGAAAUGUCAUAGCAGCUACAAGACACGCUGGACAAAUGACAAUGCAUUGUCAUGCAAUGAUGGUAAUCAAUGCACAAGAAAUGACCGCUGCUUAAGUGGCAACUGCAUUGGCACAUCGCUCAGUUGCCUCAGUCCUUGUGAGGAAUGCCGCAAUGACGCAUGUCAUGUGAAAGACGGAUACUGUGCAAUAAACAGAUGCUUUACAGAUGGAAGCCUAAGACCAGGCCAUUCAUGUCAGGUAAUGAAUAAGACCUUGCACAAGUUAGCAUUAAAUAGAGACUAAAAAUGUGCUGUUUCAGUCCUUUUUAGUCUAAAGAAGAGUUACAUCGUUGCUCCUGACACGAGCGUCGGAAAAAAGCAGUAAUCUAUUGUAGGUUCCCGACGGGAUUUGAACCCAUAACCUUCGGUGAAAGCUCUAUGACCAAACUUUCACCUCUUCAAAAAAAGCAGGAGAGAGCAAUGUCUUACGUUUUUUUGUCUGUGAGAAAUAGCGUUAUCCUUCCUUUCCAAGGGUCUAGGAUUAGUCAUUGACUAUAGCCCCCAUUAGUAGUAUAUGGCAAAGAUCAAAUCAAUAUCUUUUACGGUUUUUCUCCUAGCAAUGCGACAGCAGCAAGAACAAACGUGAAUGGACCAUCAAUGAUAACCUGCAAUGCAGUGACAAUAACGUAACAACUAAGGAUGACCGGUGUCUUCAUGGAGUAUGUAAAGGGACAUCUUAUAGCUGUCUUGAAUGUGAACAACAUGAUGGACGUGGCUGUCCCAUUAAAUCAGGAUACUGCAUUAUACUGACUGGAAGCCAGAGAAAAUGUUAUGCUAAGGAAGAGAAAAAGCCAGGCAAUCCUUGUCAGGUAGGCUUCACUUGUUCGCUUACUGAAUUAAGUAAUUUUUUAACUAAUUAAUAAAAUUUUAAAUGGGAACGUCAGCAAAAGUCUAGGUUUUUGUAAAAAUUUUUCCAUUCUUUUCUCAUUAAAGUAGCUGAGCAGACCGAGCUAAGUAAGUUAAUCUGUUAGAAAGCAGAAACUGUGGUAACGGACACUUUGGCGGACACCUCUUGAAACUGGAUACUUUAGCGGUUAGGUAGGGUUCGACUAUACAGUGGAACCCCGCCUUACGGCCGCCUUGGUAAUACGGUCACUUUAUUAUCACGGCCAGUUUUUUUCUGCCCGGCAAAACGGCCAUACAUUUCCUUAUAAAAAAAAACCUGUUAAUACGGCCGACGGCCACAUUCUAAAAUCCCAAGCGGUAGAAUCUCUUAUGAUUUCACCCCGUUAAUACAGCCACUAGUUCGAAAUUUAGAAAAUUAAAAUGCCUGUGACAUGUCAGUUUUAUUAACGUCGCAAAGAGUUUCAUGUACUGAAGGAAAAUUUUAAGUCGUUUUUUCAAUUACUGCAUGUACGCGAUAUCUGCAUUAUAGUUGUUUGUUAAUGAGAAUAGUUGUUCAAAAAAUGCGAAUGCGAUGUACGGUGUCAUUCCGGGUGUAUUUGUCAUUACGGCCCUCAAGUCAUGAAAUUUGAGCCUGCCCCGGUAAUACGGCCACCAGGAGCCUAUCAUGAUGGGAUCCUGAUGGGCUCCUGGGCCACCCCGUCAACACGGCCAAAUCUUUUUUGACCCAUUGGUGACCGUAUUAACGGGGUUGCACUGAAUUCUAUACUGAUAACUGGAUGUCUGAUUUUUUUAAUUACACUGCUGUAACAGAACAGAACUUUUAAGUCAAUCAUCUGCGUAAACUUGGAAAACCACUAGAACAUCAAUAGACCCAAUUUAAUGGCAGCUUUCUUGGCUCUGAUGGACUUCAACAUAUUUAUUAGCAUUUUUUAACUUUAAGUUGUGUGACCCAGAAGAAAGCACUAGUACCUGGUCAAUUAUCGAAGGCAUAGCAUGUGAUGACAAGAAGAAUUGUACAAAAGGGGACAUUUGCAGCGACGGUCAAUGUACCGGCACGCUCUUUACAUGCAAUGGCCCAUGUCAGGACUGUAAUGGCAAUGGCUGCAGUUUGAACACAGGAUAUGGAUUUGUGAGCAACAGGUGCACGUGUAAAAUAGCAGGUAGACGUAACUACAUACCUUUACAAGUAUUUUUGAGUCAAAAGUUUGACAUCGCUAAACAUAUUUUCGCCCCCCCCUCCGUCCGAAGUUAUGGGGAUCAAAGUUUUUGUCAAGUGAUUUUGCAAAGGAUCUUUUUGACCUAAACUUAACUAUAGCAUUUAUUUGCAUAAGAUUGGAAGCUUUGAAAAUACUGUAGAGAUAUGUUACUUAAAACGACAACACAAAUCACGAAUAAUGACGUUCAUAGCCAUGACCUACAUUUUAAAUGGCCAGUGUACUUUCAAUGAAUUAAAUUUUCCUUAUAGGUCACGACUAUGGACACCAAACCCCAAAUCCGUCAAACCAGUGUCAGUGGUGUGACCUGCAGGACAAAACAGCUCGUGCUAAUAGUGCCUGGUCAAACCGUCCUGCAGUAGCUUGUGACGAUCAAGAUACUUGCACCAAGCAGGACACUUGUAAUGCUGGCAGGUGAGUAUAUUAUUGUUAGAACGCAUAAAAGUAAAUAUAUCGUUUUUUCCACUCUCUUGGAGAUAACUGAAUUGAUAAGCGGUUACAACUAACAAGUAAAAAAGUUCUCUGAUCUCUUAGUUCUUAUGAACUUACUCAAUGGUCGAGAAGAACCAGGUCUAAGGUUAUAAGGAUUAGUUCUUUGUACAGCAGUGGACACCAAGUACGAUAAUGGAUGGUCCUGGGUGUCUGUCAUCUCAGCCAUGAAUUUAUGACAUAGGAGCUCAAAUCUGUUAGAAAGUGUAGUUUCGUUGGCUAGCGACAGUGCUUGACUGUACGAACUGUUACGAUAUAUGAUGUUAAGAGCCCUUUUUUGCACGGACUCUAUUCUAUCCGACAGAUAGUCAGGAAUGUCUUGCCACAACUGCAGGGUAUAUUUUAAAAUCGGUCCAACACUACUUCGAGAGACUUUCAACAUGUCUUGUUCUUCCACGCCAUCUCUCCUUAAUAGUCUGACAGCGUAAAGUUUCUUUGAUGCCUUAGAGGUAAUAUAGUCAACAUGGCAGUUCCAUUUCAAGUGCUCAUUAAUGAUUACUCCAAGCAAUUUGUAUGAUGAAAUUCUUGUUACCAUUUGGUUUCUUAUAUACAAAGUUCACGACCAUCUCCUUACAGUUUUUUGGGUUUAGCCUCAUACUGUGUUCUAUACAAUAAUUAUGUACAUCUGUAACAGCAAAAUCCAAUAGCCAGGCUACUCCAGUUACGUGGUAUUAUUUCAAAAACGGUCGUGUCAUCAACAUACUUCAAUCUUGAGUGCCAAUCACCAAGUAGUCUAACAUAAAUGAUACCGAAUCUCCUUUAUAACGAAUAUCGACAAAUAGAUUUAAUUUUGCCGUGUUGCCAGUCAACUAUAGAUUACAGAUGGUAAAAAAAGUGUCCGUACUCUGUUGCGAAAUAGGCCACGAGCAUUUUGGCCCGCUUGGUUUUCAUUUCAUUGUAUAAAAGACGAUGUACUAUGCAAGCGUAUUUACUGCAUUCAAAAUACGCCGUACCGCGUACAUUUUUUCCCAUCAAAUCCGAAUAAUAACUGGACUGCUUUUACUCGGACUCGAAAACAAAUCGGGUCUGAAUUGCAGUCAGAUGGGAUCGCAAAACAGAUCGAUCUUGCGAUAGUAAGAAUUUUUAUUCAGCUUGAAUUGUUAGUAUUGUACAAGAAGUACAGUUAGUAUAGUACAAGAAGAUACCCAGAGCUGAGAGGCUUUGCGCCCUUUUUAAUAGAUCCGAAAUUGGUGAUGAAUUCCACUAUUUGUUGAAAUGUACUCGCUCAUCACUUUCUCGUAUAAGGGGUAUCUUCUUGGAGAGCCUAUACUCGAUAAACAGUAAUUUUACGAAUUUGUCUUGCAAGGCACUAUUUUUAUAUAUCAUGUCUAUGUGCGAUGAAAAUAUCAUAAAUCUUAGUGCCUCAUAUUGAAAAUAUUCUAAAUUGUUAAAAAUCCGAACCCUAAUGAAACUUUCUUACCAUACAAGUAGCGUAGAACAUGGUAGAAGCUGUACAUAGCCAAGUAAUUUUUCUUUUAUGAUAAUAUUCGAUAUGAAGUUUUUUUCCCUUUCUUUCUUACUUAACUUUUAUUUAAGUUUGUUUCAUUUGUCAUUGUUUUGGUACUGAAAUCUUCAUGUCGAAGAUAAAGUCAAUAAAGUUGUUGUAGAUUGUUUCAGUCAUCCUCUUCUGGAAAUAGAAGCAAAAGCGGCCGUAGUACUCCAUAACUCUAUUUUGAAACGCUUAUCGAUGAAUGGUAAACAAUAAAACAGGUAGAGAUUAUUUAGUUCUAAAAAUGGUUUUCCAAGUCAGUAUCUUUCUAUAUUGUAGUCAAAGUUUACAAUCUAUCUGGUAACUCCAGGUGUCUAGGACAAGGUUACUCCUGUCAACGUUUCUUCAACUCCUCAAGUUGUAUCCAGACUUCCGAGUGUGUUGGUGAUGGUACAUGCCGAUUUAAAAUGAGGUUGAAUGGAACAAUAUGUUGUGCAGCUGUAGACAUUUGUGACCAGCCAGAGAGGUAUGUAGAAUGAAGAAAAACGACGUCUAAUUUUUCAUCACGAAACUAACUAAUACUCUUCACCUCCGAGCUCCCGUUUGCGUUGCAUUUAUUCGUCUUGCAAUUCUGUGACAGAGAUAUUGACUUCAAUGGUCUACCUAGAUUUUCCGAAGUACACAUUAAAAAGUGGAGGAAAUAAUUGACCGAUAAAUUUUAUAAUGUGUAAUUUGGAUAAAUCAAAUGACAGUUUACAUACCCUGACCCUAAGAUUUUCCGAAUUUUGAUUAUGUAUAUUUUUUAAGGUGUAAUGGGGUCCAUGGAAAAUGUCCUGGAGCAGUGAUAGAUAGAAUUGAGUUACAAAUGGGCCAAGUGCAGUUCAUGGACUCCACGUUUCAAUCGCUUGUCACUCACCAAUAUUUUACCGACAAGGUGUUUUUGGACAUAUCUGGAUUCUCUGUAUCGUGUGGAGAGAUGCAUCUUACAUGGUUCCUUCUUUCUGGAAUGUCAUCUUGUUCUAUAAAUACAAAUAUCAGCGGUUCUUUGCCAGGAAUCAGCAAGCAUCACACUGUAACUGGAUUGGCAUUAGAAGACAAUAGAACCCACAAAUUUGCCUUGAAAGCGUCUGACAUGCGACACAAAGCAUAUAAAGUAGUGUGCACUGGUGUAUUAGUCGUGGAUACAUCGAGACCGCAAGGUGGGUGGAUUCGUGAUGGACCUGCAAGUGACCGGAGUUACCAAGCUUCCAAAUUAUUGCAGGUAAACUGGGGUGGAGUACUAACAAGACACGGUGUUGGCAAUUACGACUGGAACGUUCUCUUAAUCCCUUUUAACACUAAUCAGACCAUCGAACUUAUGACUUUUACGAACGUUUAUCAGAACACUAGCGCACAAAAAACAUUCGACAACAUCACAGACGGCUCAAAAGUGAAAUUCGUUGUUCGUGCUUACACCAAAGCGGGACUGUUUUCAGACCUCACGAGUAACGGCGUUGUGAUCGACACGUCAGUACCUGUUGCAGGAAAGGUCUAUGAUGGUGAUCAAGUUGGUUUAGAUUUAAAAUUUGCUCAAUGGUCGAAUACCUUCAAUGCAAACUGGGACCGCUUUAUUGAUCCCCAUUCUCCCAUUUCGCGUUACACUUGGGCGGUGCAGCGACUAGGCACUGGUUUAAUUACCUCAUUUAAGGUUACAGCACUUAACCGCGCUCCUACAGCAACUAACCUUAACCUAGUUUCCGGCGAGAGCUACUGCGCAGUUGUCAGAGGCUAUAACGAGGCUGGUCUUUACACCCAAGUCAACUCAGAUUGUGUGUUGAUAGACCACGAUGUACCGCUAGCUGGUACUGUAAAUGAUGGACACUUCCAUGAUGUAGACUACCAAUCGGAAGACACCGUGAUAGCAGCUAAUUGGCAUGGUUUUACUGAUGGGAGUAAAGGAAGUGGAAUUGUGGAGUACAGAUGCAAAGUCACAGAAGACGGUGGAGCUAUAAUUGUUCCCUGGACAUCUGCUGGCAAUGCCACUAACAUAACGCUUAACGGGUUGGUUCUAAAGAAUAAUACAAAGUACUUCGUUACCGUUAAAGCAGUCGAUGCAGUAGGACUUAGCACUGACAUCACUUCGGAUGGUGUUACUGUAGACACAACACAUCCUGUUUUCACAGGAAAAGUGAUCGUAACCGGAGAAGAUGACAUGAUAAAUGGAACUCCUUGCGUUUACAUUUCAAGUGUAUCCUCAGUAACUGUGCAGUGGAAUGGUUUCUCUGACGCGCACAGUGGACUUCAGCGAUAUGAAUGGGCGAUUUUCCCCUCAGAAAAGUCUUUCUCAAACUCUGACUUCAAAGAAGUAUCUGGAUCCAGUCUGCCGACAUUUGCAACAUUUUACAAUCUAACGCUUAUUCAAGGAACGGGGUACUAUAUCAUCAUACGAGCCUAUAAUGGCGCCAAACUGUAUAAAGACGCGUUCUCAGUCCUUGUGAUACCCGACUCCACCCCUCCAUCCCCUGGAGAGGUGUUCGACGGACCAACAUUUAAAGUAGAUAUUGACUAUCAGGCUGAGAUUCAACGUGUUUAUGGGUCUUGGUCAAGUUUCUCUGAGCCUCACAGUGCAGUCAAGCAGUACUACUAUGCCGUGGGAAGCUGUAUGUUUGGAAACUAUCAUAUUACUGGAAACGGAUUCACUAAAAUCGACCCUCCAACGGCUUCUUCAUUUUUGAUUUCGAACGUUUCACUUGUUAAUGGCCAGCGAUAUUGCAUCAAGAUUAAGGCUGAAAACAAAGCUGGGCUGAUGAGUUACGAAGUGUCAUCAAAUGGGUUUGUCGUUGACGUAACACCUCCAAACACUCGGAAAGCUCAAGUGCGUGACGGAAUCACGGGUGCAGAUAUAGAUUAUCAAGCUAAUACCACAGCAAUGUCAGCUGAAUGGGAUGAUUUUGCUGACCUUGAGUCUCAGAUCCAUUAUUAUGAAUAUGGAGUAAGCAGAAAUCGUGCUGGCAAACCUAAUGUCUAUCCAUUAACAAUUAAUGGCCUUAACACUUCAGCGACUGCGGGUGGCUUAUCGCUGACUGAUGAUGUCUACUACUUCAUAGUUUGUGCUGUAAACAAUGCGGGGUUACGAAGCUGCAUUAGCUCUGAUGGAGUACUUAUCGAUUUGACUCCUCCAAGCCAUGGUGUAGUACAUGACGGCAUCAUUGAGCCAGAUCUCCAGUAUCAGUCCUCUCUAUCAAGUAUGGCUGCCAACUGGGAAGGAAUUUGGGACUUGGAGAGUGGUAUUGAGAAGUUUGAGUGGAGUAUUGGAACCAGUGCAAAUGAUAAGAGCAGUGUUCAAGACUAUGUCGAUGUUGGUCUCUCUACUCACGUUAGAAGUCAAGUGCCUCUUAACUUAUCAAGUGGGACAAAGUAUUAUGUUCAUCUUAAGGUAAUCAAUCAAGCAGGAGCCGUCAGAGAACUUAUUUCAGACGGCGUGAUUGCAGAUGGGACGCCACCAAUACCUAACAAAAUCCAUCCAGGAUUUGGGUUCCAAGAUGAGUGGAUAUACAGUGAAGAAGAGAAUGCCUUCUACUCUGCUUCGGGCUCAAGCAUCGCUUUUUACUGGCACCAGUUCUCGGAACCUGAAAGUGAGGUCUGGUACUAUAAAUGGGCCAUAGGUACAAGCAAAUGCGGUACUCAAGUCCAACCACUUAUUAACAUAGGCCGGUCAAACUACGCUAACACCACAACGACGAACCUCGUAUUUAGACCUGGCGUGAGAUAUUAUGCCACCGUGAUGUCAAGAAACAAAGCUGGCCUAGUGUCAAGGGCAUGCUCUGAUGCGCUUGUCUUUGACAGCACUCCACCGCUUCCAGGAAUUAUUCACAUAAAACAACCGCCAGGAAGCAAUAUAACUAAAACUUUCAUCACUAACAACAGUGCGGCUAUUUAUUGGGAAGGAUCUAGUGACCCAGAGAGUGCAAUACUACGAUGCAAUAUUUCCGUCGUUGACCAAGCUGGCGACGUUAAGUUCAUGGAAACUUCCAAUUCAACUUCUGGAUUUAUGAUAAUACCUGAAAACGUCCUCUGCGUACGUGGUCAAUACAAUAUUAGCGCAUGUUGCGUCAACAAUGCAAAUCUUGCUUCCUUGUCAAGCUCAGUGUUUAUCGUUGACGACACGCCGCCAGUUCAGUCUGGUCCUGUUGUAACGGGCAUAUCAUGCGAUGGUGCUUUACAUUAUCAGUCCGAUGAUAAAUCUAUUAAAGUAUCCUGGCCAUCGUUCACAGACCCUGAAAGCGGUAUAGAAAGAUAUUAUGUGGCAAUUGGCACACAACCUUACCAAGACGAUAUCAUUGGUUUUGAAAACGUGUACCUCUCUACUCGCAUAAACAAGACCGAUCUGACUCUUUCUCAAGGCGCUCUAUACUACAUCACUGUUGUUGCAGUAAAUCGUGCUGGAUUGAGUACGAACUUAUCAUCCCUAGGCCUUUUGAUAGACAAAACGCCCCCUCUUGCCUACAAUGCUGAUAUCAUAGAUGGUAUGCAUGGUGAAGAUAUCGACUAUAUCUCUCCUGAUACUGUACUAUCAGCCCACUGGGAAAAGAUAGCAGAUCUCGAAAGCGGUAUUAUGCAAAGUCAAUAUUGUGUAGGAACCACACCACUUGGUUGCCAAAUAAAACCAAUGACCAGUGUCGGUAGAAAUUUGUCUUUUACUUGUCCUGAUUGCAUCAUUAAAGAAGGGAUGAGAUUGUAUGUAACAGUGCAGGUGACAAAUGGUGCUGGUCUAAGUGAGACACGACACUCUGAUGGAAUGUUGUUGGAUGUUAGUCCUCCGCUAAUGGGCGAUGUUCAUGAUGGAAGUCAUGAAACUGGAAUGGACUCCAAUGUUGUUCUUGAGGAAUGGAAUAUAUCUAUGACUUGGUUUGGGGUGGAAGAUUAUGAAAGUGGCAUACGAUCUUGCAAAUGGACCAUUGAAAGUAACAGUGGAAGCAUAUUUCAUACAGAUGGCAUCAGCAACAACUCCAUUUAUGAAGAACGAAAUUUUUUCUCACUGAAUCGGACAUACAAAAAUCUCUUUGUCAUUACUAACGCGACUUACUUCAAUGUAUUGACCUGCAUCAACAGAGCAGGUUUACAAUCCACCGUGCGUUCUAAUGGCUUCCAUGUAAGGACCAUUUGGCCUAUCCCAGCUGUUGUAAGAGAUGGUGCAACCCAAGGCAAAGACUCAACUUAUCUAACAAGUUCCAAAAUCGUAAGUGCCAAUUGGGAUCCAUUUUUGGACGAUGAAAGCGAUCCUGUUGUCGAUUACGAGUUAGCUGUCGGGACAGUGAGAGACAAAGAGAGUGUCCUUGGCUUCACUAGUGUAGGGUUGGGGAGGAUUGCUGAAAUAGACUUGGCUCCAGGCAUUCCAGAUCUUGAAGUGUUAGAGACUGGUGUAACGUACUACAUCACCAUAAAGGCGAUCUCUUUGCGUGGCCUUAGUUCUAUGAAGCGCUCUAAUGGCUUUACUGUAGACCCUAGCCCGCCAAUGCAAAAGGAACUUUUUGUGUCACACAAGGUGAUCGAUCAGAUUGCACGGAUAAUUGAGAUCAGUGUUUCUUGGAAUGGUGUCAGGGAUAGCGAAAGUGGCAUUAGUAACAGUGAGUAUUGUCUAGGUACAACACCUGGCAGUUGCCAAAGAGACUCUAUUCCAGCGGGUCUUUCUACCUUUGGAACCAUUGGUCCCUUUAGGCCUUAUCCAUGGGUUCAUUAUUACGUCAUCGUCGCGGUUACUAAUGGAGCUGGUCUGAUAACAGUGAUGUCCUCAAGGAAGUUAUUUUUUGACACCACUCCUCCAUCCAAGGGUAUUGUUAUCGAUGGUAUCGGUCCUGACAUUGAUUACAUGAAUUAUACGAGCUCUUUGUCGAUUCAGUGGAAAGGGAUUGAUGACCAAGAAUCAGGUAUUGCAAAUUGUUCAUGGACUCUCAUUGAACAGUCUGCUUCUGAUAAGAGAACUGCAUUUGAAAAUGAUACUGUUGUGUUAACACAACCCGUGGAAAGCAAAGGAAGCCUCACGCGUGAGAAUCUCAGUCUGAUACCAGGCGCCCGUUACGUCAGCAAGAUCGCGUGCUCCAAUAAGGACGGUUUUAUCUCCACGUCCUUCUCUGAUGGUGUUGUUGUAGACGCUACUUCGCCAAGUGCUGUUCUUGUGCGAGACGGUUCAUCUCUAUCAACUGACGUGGAAUAUCAGUCAUCGACAACGGUAGUAGAGGCAAUAUGGAGUCCCUUUGAAGAUCAUGAAAGUGGGAUCAGCGAAUACAGGUGGGGGUUAGGAACAAUGCCUGAUGAUGUUAGCAUCGUGAAAUUUACUUCUACUGGAAAGGACACAACGGGAAGAGCAAGGAACGUCACUCUUUCCCAUGGCGUAAGGUAUUACGUUACUGUGGAAGCUACAAAUGGUGCCGGGAUGACGUCACAUGGUUGGUCUAGUGGGUUUACUGUUGAUGUAACUCCUCCUAAGAUCACUGAGGUAAAUAAAACUCAGAAAUAUAUUUUUACUACAUAUAGGGGCAAAACAAAUCGAAGAUAUUUAAAACAAUGAUUAUUCUAUCUAACACUAAAAUCAAACCUAUGCCUGGCAGAACUACCUUUGCUGACCAGUAAUAACAUUUGUGCCUGUUUAUUAUGCAGGAAUCAGCUGGUUCAGAACUUUGGAUUGGUCCAAAAGAUCAUCUGCACGCUACGUGGAUGGCGCAAGAUCUCGAAAGUGAUAUUAGCAAGACCGAGUAUUGCGUUGGAACGUUACCAGUAGGAUGUCAAAUAAAGUCCAUGACCGAAGUAUUACCGAACUCAACAGAAGUAUCUUGCAAAGACUGCCGCCUUAAUCAUUAUGGGACGUACUUUGUCAGCAUUAGAGUAACUAAUGGUGCCGGGCUUUCUACUGUGACAGCAACAAACGAAACGAAAGUUGAUAUGACUGCCCCUGUCCUCUAUGAUGUAGUUCCCCAGUUUGGCUUUAUAUCUUGCAUUGCGAGUUGUAACUUGGUUGUAAAUAUUACUGGUGUCCGAGACGAAGAAAGUGGUGUCCGAUCCUGCAGCUAUGCCGUCAAAAACAGUAGUUUUACGAUAACGGACUUUGUUGAUAUUGGACUGAACACAACCUUGGAAGCUACAGAUCUAGAGCUGAUGAAUGGGCAACAGUAUUACACUGUGGUGAGAUGUGAAAACAAUGUUGGACUUACCACUGAGAGAGUCUCUUCUCCUGUUGUUGUUGACAACACACCUCCUUCAAAGGUAUGCAAUCUUCCUCACAUUUGAAAAAGUUAUAUUUUAUCGAUUAGCGGAAAGGAAAAUAAAGUGAUUGUUACUGUGCACCUAAUUUCAGUUUAGGCUUCUUGCCUGAUGGAGGCGGAAAAAUAAACUGCCGUUGAAAAACACGUAGUAAUCCUUCAUGUUGUACCAGUUUGUCCCAAAUGGUUAACACGUCGUCGGGUUUGAGUUAUUUCACUACUUCAAGUUUUUUAGCGUCCCUGGUCAGUUUCUUAACGUCUUGCUAGUAUUUUAUAGGAUUCAACGCUCUUAAAACCCGACAAUGAAGGAAGAAAGGCGAUAUAUGGAAAGUAUUAUCGUUUUAGGCCCGUUUCAAACGUUGUGCUACUGCCGUGUCGAACUCAAUUGAUCGAAUUAAAUUCGUCUUAAGCACCGCAGUAGUGCGACGUUUGAAACCAAGUUGUGCUACUGCCGUGUAGCACGGCAAGCCUCGCCGCGCUAAACGGCAGUAGCUCGACUUGGUUUCAAACGUCGUGCUACCGCAGUGCCGAACUCAAUUCAUAAAUUAUAAAUACAUUAGAAUACAUUUAAAAGUUUGCUAAACCGUUUCUUUAUUUUUGUGGUUUGUUUUCGGCAACAGCCGUUCUAUUCGACUGAAUUAAAUUCGACGUCUGAAACUAAGAAGUCGUGCUAGUGUCGUGCUGCAGUCGAGCUACAGUCGAGCCAGCUUAGCACGGCAGUAGCAUGACGUUUGAAACAGGCCUUAGAAUGUCAAAAUAGCAACUAGGAAGUACGUGAAAUAUCCUGUAGACCAUAGAAACCUGGAAUAAAAUGAGUGAACAAGGCUUCAAUCUUUUUUAGCAUAUACUAAAACAGUGGAUAGUGUUUUUCGCGCGCUCUGAUUGGCUACUCAAUCAGGGAAUAUCCUGCACUAUUCACUGGUUCACCUCCUGUUCCUCAAAGCAAGCGUCGCCAAACUCGCGUAAGUUGCGAGCAAAAUACCUUCCGGUUUGCUGCCGUAACAAACAAAGAAAUUUCACAAAGUAAGCUCUUCCCGAAAUACAGGAAGAGGGUGACGAAGUUCGGUUGAGAAGUUUUAACAGGCAAAGUUUUGUGUUUUUGACUUGAAUUUAUCAAUGAAACCGGUGAAAAAGGUUUUUGUUUACAAAUGCAAAUUUAGCUUAAGUGUUGCGUUACUUUAUUUAGUUCACUUGGUCACAAAUAAACUUAAAACUAAAUUUAAUAAUCUUUUUUACAGAAUGAUUUUAAAUACAAGAAGAAUUCACAACUCCUUUUGAAGAAAUUUCCACGCUAUAGCGAAGCAAAUGCCUUCAAAAGUUUUUUUUGUCGGCAAGAAAAAUCGACGGCCGCGGUCGUUCGGUCAUUACGCGCCAAAAUUGUAAUCUUUGCAACAUUAAAUGAGUUAAAAAUCAUCAUUUUUGUGCUCAGUUAUCUCACUGUUUUGGUAUAUACUAAAACAAUUAUUCAACUCAGUGUCAGUGGCUAGUGGUGGAUAUUUACCUCGCCGUUUCGCGGGGCGGUAAAUACAACACCACUAGCCACCUCCACUUCACUGAAUAAUUGCUAUUUGUCCCCCACUUUACUGAGAACGCUUAAGUCUAUAAGAGCUGGAAAGAAGAUAGUCGAACGCGCGUGAAAAUCGUUACCCUCUAGGAAGGGAACGCGCGUGUUUUUCUCCCUUUACUACAGUUUCGAAAAUUAAACGAGGCUACUCGUAGACCUUCAAUCUCAGCUGGCUGAUGCACCAACAAAUAUGAAUCGGAUUUGGAAGCAGCAAACGUGUUCGUAGUUUGAAAAAACAGCUGACAUUUCGCGACACCACUGGUUUCCUCGAGAAAUGACGACUGAGGUAUGACUGCCAAAACUCACCUCCCAUCCGGAUCCGGGUAGUGCUUCUGAUUGGUUGAAGCAAAUUUCCCUCGCAGCGCAGACCCAUCAGAAGCUCUACCCAGGUCUGGGUGGUGAGUUUUCAUUCGAGUAUGGAACUUCAGCUGCAGUUAUUGGCGUUCCACAGACGUCAUUUCGCGGGGAAAAGAGUGGUGGCAUCUCGAAAUGUCAGCUGUUUUCUCAGGCUAACGUGUUUGGUUUAAUGUUCCUUCCCAUUUAUCCUUCUAUCAUGACCUUCAAACUUAUUGUACAUUGCACCCAAAUAAGAGACAAAAAGGGACAAACACACUUUACCUCAAUUUUACAGGGCUCGGUGAUUGUGAGUGAAGACCGUACGCAUGACGUUUUUGGCAUACAUUCCAGUUGUCAUCUGUUUAACAAAACACUGCGGGCUCAUUGGUACGGUUUUAACGACAAUGAAUCGGAAAUCAGUGACUUUCGAGUAGCAGUUGGUAGACAGCCCAACGCGACCGACGUCUUGCAGUUCCAAAAAGUUGGUUUGGUUACAGACGUUUAUCUGCCUUUAACCAACAUUACAUUUGAUGGCGACAUCGUCUAUGUGACAGUAGAGUCACGCAAUUCGGCUGGUUUGGUAACGCGUAGUUCGUCACCUGCUACACGGCUAGUUGCUGCCGAUAGCGACGAGUACAUUAAACAGGGAGAUUUUUACUGUCUGAACGUUUAA